AUGGGAGACCUGCUCCUGGGUAGGGACCGUCAGCUCCACGCCUCCUCCACCUGCGGCCUCACCGGCUCUGAGGUCUUUUGCACCCUCUUCGGACAGGUAAGACCCUACUCUUACUGUUCUGAAAGACACAAAGAACCACCUAUAUUACAAAGACAAGUGAAUCUCAUCGACGCUGCUAGUUUUGAUAGUGUAUACAUAAAAGUGUGUAAACCUUCAAGUGAAGGCAUGGGCUGUUAUUCUACCCAGGGUGUUUUUGUCAAGUGCAGUCCCUUUUAACACUAAUGCAUCGGCACUGUAAGAGAUGGGGGGAAAGUAGGGCAAUGGGAGGUUUUGUAGCUCUUAAUUAUUAUGAGUUGUUCAUCAGGGUUGUUUAACGUGUAACAACAUUUCAGGUUUGUAGAGUAGCUAUAACUUUAGGCACGACAGUGAGCCAGCCAGACAGACAGACAAACAUGCAUGUUUAAAGACAGACAGAAGACAGACAGACAGAAAUGCAAGAACACACACUCAUGCACACACUGUGUGUCCAGCUUGGUUGUGCAUGAUGCUCUCUGUGCUGACCAUGCACAGUAGGAGACCAGGGAGGGGGUGAAGGGGUGGGAUGGGGAAAGGGAGAGGGUGGAUAGAGGGUCAGGGGAGAACUGGUUGGUGUAUUUUGUGAAAACGUCUGGAUCUGGUGACAGAGACACACACUGCCAGAUGUUGCAACUACAGUAUUUGGAAAAACAUUGGCUAGAGAACUAUUUAUUUGAUUUCAAAGGAAAGACAGAAAAUCAAAUAUACUGUUUUGAGGGGAUUGAUUAACUUUCAAACAUCAGUGUUUAAGCCAAACCAGGGGCUGAAACCAAGUGAAAGGAGGACAGAGAAUAAAUAUCUUUCUGAUUUCAUUUGUGGUGCUGCCUGUUUGAUUGACAGUGGAGUCUUUCAUCUGAGCCACACCCUUCCGCUGGUGUUGCUGGGCAGGGCAGGUUCUGCUCUCAGAACUCACAAAUACCAGCCUGUCUCUGUCUGUGCAGGAACACACACGUGCACGCACCACACAUACACACACACCAGACUGUAGAUAUUUUUUGCUGUCUGCUGGUUUUGGGUUGGCUUGAGUUUUUGAAACUCCAGCACUUUUGCAUUUUGAUAUUUACUCAAAGUGAUCGUGUUUCACUGGAUUAAUGUGUUGAUUACACAACACAAACAUGAAAGAUGUUUUUAAUGUUGGGCGUGUGGGGAGAGGUGCCCCAGGCCAUAGAAACUGGUCUAGACUGGAGUGUUGAUGUACUGCAACUGACUGACUGUGUGUGUUAAAUCAUGUGUGAAGGGUGUGGUUGUGGAUUGACUAUCUCUCUGACACACUCUGUAUCACUCAGUACAGGUGAGACAGUGUGGACACUAGCCAGAUGUGAUCUGAAAAGAGUUACCUAGACAUUGUGAAAUGUUUUGACUAAAGAGGAACUGAGUUGCAUGUCCACUGGCAUUCCACUCAAGGCCACAGCGUUAUUACUAAGCUGUUAGUAAGGACAAGGAAGGACACUGUGGUGUUGGAUUCCUCUCCUUCUCUCCGGGUGCCUUCUUACAUGUCCUCAGAGUUUACAGGGUCAUGCUUGGAGUUGAGGUGAACAGGUGGUAAAACAUGCUGUAACUGUACCGCCUGGUGUGCAGGCUGGAUAGUUCCAUAGGUAAUAGUACUACAAUGUGAUAUAAGAAGAUAAGAGUAGAUAAGAUCAACUUUAUUGUCCCAGAAUGGAGAAGAAAAAAAUUGUCCAUAGUCCCUGUGUAUUAAUCUUUGCUCGUUUUAUGCAAUCUAUGUCAGGUGUGUGUGUUUACUGUAGCCACCUGCAUGGCCUGCGGCCAGUCGAUCAAUACUCUUUGUACACUUUGUACAGUAUCAAACUCUUUGGUGGACUGACUGCAUUUGAUGAUGGAAGACAUGCUGUGCUAAACCAUCUAAUGGUCAAUUAGAAUUAAAUACUUUAUUGAUUUCCCAGCAGAAAUGGACGAGAUGGACAUAUCAGCUGAGUCAGCCAGAAGGAGAGUUGAGCAGUACAGUGUGCCAGGGCUUUAUCACUCAGUGUCCAGGCAGUGGUAGGAGAGAAAGAGAAAGAGGUAUAGAAGAGAGUGAUAGAGAGAGGGGGUAGAAGAAAGGAUUGGAGAAAUAGAGAAAGGGGAUAGGAGCCUUGGCUUUCCUGUUCAGUGUUGACAGAUCUAUUCUGGAGGGUAUGGUUGGAUUUAGUUUGGCACAGUGAGAUGGCGAAGUUUGAAUAACCAGACGGGUCUAACCUCUCCUCUCUCUUGCACAACACUCACCUCUACCCUUGACCUGACCUUGGCACUGGCAGCUGCCAGAGAGUUGCCAAUAGCAACAAGCCAACAUGGCUCAGAGCGAUUUUCCAUCAGGGUUUGGUAUGAACCAAUCAGAGAUGUGAUAAGAAAGGCUGAUCCCCUUUUACUCAGGGAUGGAGGGGAUUUUAGCCAAUACCUGGCUCCGAGACCAGGUCGAGCCUACUAACCAUAUCAGGUUCCACACUGUGACCUAAUUUCAUACCAUGGUUUAUACUCAUUUGGUAUAUUUAUGUGUUAAUGUUUUUUCCUUUCUUUAUAGAAUGAUGCAUUGUUCCCUGUGUAGAAAUGUGGAAAGGUACUAAUAUUUGAGAGAUAUAAACCACGUUUCCAUCCACAGUUUUUAUGCCAGUCAUACCAUAUAAAAACAAAUCAUGACAGCUGUGAUGGAAACAGAAAGUUUUCGGUUCAAUUUGAUAAAUGCCAACAGAUAAUUUGUUUGUUCGUCAUGGUGGGAUCUUUUUGUGUCUGUAAAAUUAAUUAUGUAAGAAAUGCAGUGGAAACGCUUUUAUGCUCAAAUAUUGAUAUAAUAACCAUCUUUUUUUAUUUAUUAUUUAUUUAUUUAUUUCACCUUUAUUUAACCAGGUAAGCCAGUUGAGAACAAGUUCUCAUUUACAACUGCGACCUGGCCAAGAUACAGCAAAGCAGUGCGAUAAAAACAACAACAACACAGAGUUACAUAUGGAAUAAACAAAACGUACAGUCAAUAACACAACAGAAAAUAUAUAUACAGUGUGUGCAAAUGUAGUAGUUAUGGAGGUAAGGCAAUAAAUAGGCCAUAGUGCAAAAUAAUUACAAUUUAGUAUUAACACUGGAGUGAUAGAUGUGCAGAAGAUGAUGUGCAAAUAGAGAUACUGGGGUGCAAAUGAGUAAAAUAAAUAACAAUGUAAAUAACAAUAUGGGGAUGAGGUAGUUGGGUGGGCUAAUUACAGAUGGGCUGUAUACAGGUGCAGUGAUCGGUAAGCUGCUCUGACAACUGAUCCUUAAAGUUAGUGAGGGAGAUAAGUGUCUCCAGCUUCAGAGAUGUUUGCAGUUCGUUCCAGUCAUUUGCAGCAGAGAACUGGAAGGAAUGGCGGCCAAAGGAGGUGUUGGCUUUGGGGAUGACUAGUGAGAUAUACCUGCUGGAACGCAUACUACGGGUGGGUGUUGCUAUGGUGACCAAUGAUCUAAGAUAAGGCAGGGAUUUGCCUAGAAGUGAUUUAUAGAUGACCUGGAGCCAGUGGGUUUGGCAAAGAAUAUGUAGUGAGUGCCAGCCAACGAGAGCGUACAGGUCACAAUGGUGGGUAGUAUAUGGGGCUUUGGUGACAAAACGGAUGGCACUGUGAUAGACUACAUCCAAUUUGCUGAGUAGAGUGUUGGAGGCUAUUUAGUAAAUUACAUCGCCGAAGUCAAGGAUCGGUAGGAUAGUCAGUUUUACGAGGGCAUGUUUAGCAGCAUGAGUGAAGGAGGCUUUGUUGCGAAAUAGGAAGCCGAUUCUAGAUUUAACUUUGGAUUGGAGAUGCUUAAUAUGAGUCUGGAAGGAGAGUUUACGGUCUAACCAGACACCUAGGUAUUUGUAGUUGUCCACAUAUUCUAAGUCAGACCCGCCGAGAGUAGUGAUUCUAGUCGGGCGGGCGGGUGCAAGCAGCGUUCGAUUGAAGAGCAUGCAUUUAGUUUUACGGAAGGAGUGUUGUAUGACAUUGAAGCUCAUUUGGAGGUUUGUUAACACAGUGUCCAAUGAAGGGCCAGAUGUAUACAAAAUGGUGUCGUCUGCGUAGAGGUGGAUCUGAGAGUCACCAGCAGCAAGAGUGACAUCAUUGAUAUACACAGAGAAUAGAGUCAGCCCGAGAAUUGAACCCUGUGGCACCCCCAUAGAGACUGCCAGAGGUCCAGACAACAGGCCCUCCGAUUUGACACAUUGAACUCUAUCUGAGAAGUAGUUGGUGAACCAGGCAAGGCAGUCAUUUCAGAAACCAAGGCUAUUUAGUCUGCCAAUAAGAAUGCGGUGAUUGACAGAGUCAAAAGCCUUGGCCAGGUUGAUGAAGACGGCUGCACAGUACUGUCUUUUAUCGAUCGCGGUUAUUAUAUCAUUUAGGACCUUGAGCGUGGCUGAGGUGCACCCAUGACCAGCUCGGAAACCAGAUUGCAUAGCGGAGAAGGUACGGUGGGAUUCUAAAUGGUCGGUGAUCUGUUUGUUAACUUGGCUUUCAAAUACUUUCGAAAGGCAGGACAGGAUGGAUAUAGGUCUGUAACAGUUUAGAUCUAGAGUGUCACCCCCUUUGAAGAGGGGGAUGACCGCGGCAGCUUUCCAAUCUCUGGGGAUCUCAGACGAUACGAAAGAGAGGUUGAACAGGCUAGUAAUAGGGGCUGCGACAAUUUCGGCGGCUAAUUUUAGAAAGACAGGGUCUAGCCCAGCUGAAUUGUAGGGGUCCAGAUUUAGCAGCUCUUUCAGGACAUCAGCUAUCUGAAUUUGGGUGAAGGAGAAGCGGGGAGGGGGGCAAGUUGCAGCGGAGGGUGCAGAGCUGGUGGCCGGGGUAGGGGUAGCCAGGUGGAAAGCAUGCUUACUGAAAUGUAGUAGUAUUAUUCAAAAUGCUUAUUGAAGUAGUAGUAAGUAGUACAUUAAAGUAUUUUUACUUAAGUACUUUACAUCACUGUCACGCACUGAUUUUUAUCCACAACAAGUCUGUUUGGUGGAAACACACCACUGGUGGGAAAAUAAAUACACAUAUUUUCUUUAUGCGGAUUUUAGAAUAUUCACAUGAAAAUAUGUUGCCAAUUGGAUGGAAACCUAGCUAGUGAGCAUAAAAUAUUCAGACAUUCAAAAUGGGGCAUCCAAUAUUGCCACCAGUCCACCCACCAUGGAAUUAUAAUUCUAUAGCUUAGACAGCUUUAUAAUACAAGGUUCAAGUAAAGGGGUACCAGAAGGAGGGUACCAUGAAUGGCCCAGGCCAGGGGCCGUAGUCACAAAGCAUCUCAGAGUAGAAAAUUGGUCAUAAGUGCUCAGAAUAGAGACAUUUUACCCCUACUCUUACGGGUAAAAAUAAAAGCUAUGCAUGAAACCUCUUUAGUCAUAAGCGUCCCACCUAGUUGACAGAUAUUUAGGAGACCUCAUGAGCUGUCCUAAGCAGUUCAAGUAACUGUCCAGUGAAAAUCUCACUUUUCAAAAUGUAUAGUCUGUUAAAGCUGCAAUAUGUAACUAUUUGGGCGACCCUACCAAAUUCAUUCUCAUUGAAAGCAAGUUUAAGAAGCGGUAGAUCGGUGUUAUGAUGAGUUUCUAGAAUUGAGAAGUGAGGAUGCAAGAAUUUACUUAGACAUUCUGUGGAGAUUUUAUACCAAGUAUUUAUUUGAUCACGAGCUCGUGGGUUCAUCUAACAAACGGACAUAGCUCUGCCCUUUGUCAGUUGAACUGCCCAUACACACAAAUCUCACAGCUUUUAUACUCUUGGUUAUCCUUCCUUUCACAUACAUCUGGCAACCAUUAUGAGCACUCCCUUUCUCUGAUGUUAUUACUCUUUACCCCAAGUCAGUAUAUCCUGUCCCAUCAAUUAUUCUAAUAUCAACCUCAGUAAUCUCCUUUGACAUAAUGGAAUGUAGACUCAGUGGAACCAAGUCAAUUAUCCCCUAACUCUUCCCUGGUCCACACAAUACUAUGACAUCAUUACAAUCGGUUUUAUGUGCACCAUUUCUAUGCUUCCUGCUCUUAAGUUUUGUUUUUGUGUCUUUUACUUUCGGUUUUGUACACCAGCUUCAAACAGCUGAAAAUAUAAUAUUUUUGGUUAUUGAAAAUAUAUUUCACAGCGGUUUAGAUGGUACAAUGAUUCUCUACACUCUGAGUGCUUGUUUUGUCACAUAAACUGAAAUUAGGCGAACUAUUAGGAUUUUAGCAACGAAGGAAACAGAGUGAUUUAAAAAAAAGAAGACACAUGUACCAUGUGUCACGAAUGUUGAGAGACGGGUCGGACCAAGGUGCAGUGUGAAAAGCGUACAUGUUUAUUCACCCAAAUAAACAUACAAACAAAACAAGAAACAACGUAACGUGAAGUCCAAAAGGCUAUACACAUACUAGCCUAACAGGAACAAGAUCCCACAAUACACAGUAGGCAAUGGGCUACCUAAGUAUGUUCCCCAAUCAGAGACAAUGAGCGACAGCUACCUCUGAUUGGGAAUCAUACCCGGCCAGACAUAGAAAUAGAAAACCUAGAACCUAAACCUAGAAAUUCUAACAUAGAUACUCACGCCCUGACCAAACCAACUAAAGACAACUGGCCUCUCAAUGUAUUCAAUUUUGAGUUUGCAUCCCAAUAUUACACUUUAUAUACAUCACAGAUAAAUAAUAAUAUAAUAUGCCAUUUAGCAGACGCUUUUAUCCAAAGCGACUUACAGUCAUGCGUGCAUACAUUUUUGUGUAUGGGUGGUCCCGGGGAUCGAACCCACUACCUUGGCGUUACAAGCGCCUGUGCUCUACCAGCUGAGCUACAGAGGACCACACAGAUGACUGAACUAUAACAAAACAUCUGAUAUUUUGUGGAUUUUUUAAAAGAAUGUUAAUUAAUGAUGUAAUUAUGAAAAAUAUUAAUAGUAUUCCACCUAUGAGGCCAUUAGGUCAUUUGACUGAAGGAAAGCGCUCCCUCAUUCCCAAAUAUUCUUGUUGACUGGCCUUAUACUCGUAUUUAUAGCCAAAGCAUACAUUAGAGUAAAAAAAAAAAGAAAAAAGUUUUACCUUGUAUCUCAAACAGACUGUUUAAAAAAUGCUGGCUCAUUGGCUGAGCCGGCCAAUCAGCAAUCUACUCCCAUUAAUAUUUUUAAUGACCGAUAUACGCCCACACCAUUCUGUUGUUGGGGUAUGCCCACACCAUUCUGUUGUUGGGGUAUGCCCACACCAUUCUGUUGUUGGGGUAUGCCCACACCAUUCUGUUGUUGGGGUAUGCCCACACCAUUCCAACACACAAAAGCUGCUUUUUAAUUUACUUAAUUUUUUUUUUUUUAUGAAAGAAAAGUAUUUCACUCAUAUUGCAAUUAAUAUUGCAAUUAAUAUUGCAAUUAAUUAUAAGUCAUAUUUCGGGAAAAUCGGGAAACACUGGACAGUUACUUUAAGAAUUACCAGCAGGUGUCUUGAUUAUAGAAAAAGGCGGCUCAGUGGUUCCUGCACCAUAGACAAGUAAUUGCUUUGGAGUUGAAAGAAUGUUUUGAUAUUUCUAAAUGAUCAAUCCAUGAAUAAUCUAGACCUACAUGUAACAGUAUCUCUUGCACUUUUGACAAUGAUUUCACAUGAGGCCUAAUUCACAUAUCUGGCUAAAUACUUAUAACCCAUACCCACUGGGCACAGACAUCAGUUCAACGUCUAGUUUUGAUUUACAUUUGGUUGAAUUGUCAACUAACGUGAAUUCAACGUGAAAUCAACAGAAAAUGUCACCAUGUCAUUGGAUUUCGUUUCAAAGUUUGGUGAAAAAAAUACGAAAUGUCCUUAAAUUGAUUACCUUUUGUGAAUCCUAUCAGUUUUCCACAUUUAUUCAACAUCAUCACAUAUAUUAUUUGGGUUGAAAUUAUGUGGAAACAACGUUGAUUCAACCAGUUUUUGCCCAGUGGGUAGGAAAUAAUCAUAUAUUUUUCUUUCGAUUAUUUAAUUAACCUAAAUAAUGUUAUUUAAAGUAAUCCAUUUGAGCGCAAUAUCACGUUGUUAAAAAAAUAUGUAGAAAUUGGGCAUGCCUAUGAGUUGGGCAAUUGACAGCAUCUAGGGUAUAUGUGUUUGGUGAUUAAUGAUAGACCCUUCAAACAUUUUAUGCAACAUUAUCGGCAAGUGACUUGAUGCCUACUGUGCAAUUUAGAGUUGUUGAACGGGAGUGACGAGUGUGUUGAUAUAAUGUUAAUAUUAUCAAAAUUCUUCUUUAAACAACCAGUACAAUGUGAUAAGCAUAUCACAUUGUUCAAAAUAUCAGGAUUCAUUUAUUUAAAAGGAUUACGCAUGCCAACAUAUUAGACAAUAAUUAAAAGUAGGCAAAGUGAUCGUGAAAAUGAUAUCAAACGUUUACCAUUGCAACAUUUGAUGUACAGUCACAUUCACCGUGGUUGUCUGAAGCGUGCUAUAGAGUUCACAGCAGGCCAUGCCUCAUCGCGAUUGGUUAUUCCCCAUCAUUUGAAACAAUGUUACAGAGCGUCGUCACUAUCUUUUCUUUGUGGUACCUCAAACUGUCGUGAUUACCAGCAGAGAUAAACUUUUAUGAGUUGAUUUAACUCCUGGCUCAGAUUUUGUCUGGGCAGUGUCUUAACAUCAUCCUAAAACCUACUCUGAGCUGAGAGUUUUUUUUGGUCUUAAAACAGGUUUGAACAGGAUUCCUAGGACAUUUUCUGAGAUGCUUUAUGGAUAAGGGCCCAGGAAUAUCUCCAAGCAGUAUCAUGGUCCAUGCAUCUUUGGCGUGAGUGUCUGUACUCUGGUCCAGAGAGCCGGCCAGCUGGACAUACACACACAUUUUGAUACAGACUGUUACUUUGGCAGACUAAGCUCUUCUGGUCAGAUUCCAGUGUUCUGGCAGAGUUUCUCCAUAUUGUCCUUAGCAGCCUGCAGCCCAAGGGCACUGACUGGCUGGACACUGGCCAGGGCCAGGCAGGGUCUGGUGUCUGAUGCAGACUAUACUUAACUGAAACACUGUAUCAUACAGAUAGCUAUAAAGCUAGAAGGCUACAUGCAUUUUCAUCUGAAGUCUCCAAUAUGUGGGAUUGUUAGGAUGAAGAAGAGGUUGACAAUGUCCACUUACAAUUCACAUAACAGUAGGCUAAUUAAAAUAUGUUUUUCCAUCUGAUGCUGCUGGUUGGGUUCUGUCUAACUGGGAAGUUGUUUCUGUAAUUAAUGAAUCGGCAGAAUGCUGUUCAAUACCAAAGAGAGCCUCUCAAACAAUGAACAGUGCUGUCCUGUCAGCAUAUCUGUCUCGGGGUCAAUCUCCCAGUGAGUACUGACUACUGGUCCAGAAAUAGACACACAGGUAGACCAGGGUCAAGCCUGAUGCCACAGCACAUGUAUUUAGAUAUCACUGUGGUUCUGACAGCCAAAGUUGUUGGUUUGAUUGCGGAUUUAGUUUUUGCAUGGGAUACAUAUGUUGAACCUUGCCAUGGGUAUACACUGAGUCAGGGUUGAUGGACACUGCAUGCAUUUAUCUCUCCAUGCAGUACAGUAGAAUAUAUAUAUCCUUCUUUACCACGCCAUUGGUUAUGGUACAAUUCACAUUGACUUGACCAAAAUACAUGAAUAAUAUUAUUACAUCAUUACCACCCAAUGACGUUACAAUAUAAAGUUGUUAUACAACACUGGCAAUAGUUCACACAUUAGUGGACAUAAUUCUGUCUUUAUAUAACAUUGUAUUAACAAUGUAUUAAUACACUGAAUCUGCAGUAAAUGUUUGCGUUUGUGUGUGUGGGUGCAUGUGUGUGGACAUGUGUGUGCAUAUGUGUGUGCACUGUGUAGAUUUUAGUUUGUUUGACGAAAUCUGAUUGUCAACUUGCCUGUUGACUUUUAAAAUCGUCGUAUGGAGGAAGACAGUAAGCAAGCAAACAAGAGAUAGGAAGCAAUAUAUAUAUAUAUAUAUAUAUAUAUAUAUAUAUAGAGAGAGAGAGAGAGAGAGAGAGAGGGGAAAUUUUUUUUAUUAAAAAAAGAGAGAGAGCAAGCUGGACAGAUGGACAGUAGCCACAGCUGGUGUUGAAACAUCCAGCGCAGAGAGACCUUUCCCCCAGUGUGGAACAAGGCCAUGGCCUCAAUGGAAUCUCUCACAAUUCAGGCUCUCACUGCUCCAGACCCAGCCUCAACCCGCUCCGGCCAGGGCAAGCUGAGGUGGAGGUGAAGGGGAGUGGACACAAGGGGGUUGGAGGAGAGGACAAUUGGAGGUAUAUGUAGUAGGGUUGGAGGAGAGGACAAUUGGAGGUAUAUGUAGUAGGGUUGGAGGAGAGGACAAUUGGAGGUAUAUGUAGUAGGGUUGGAGGUUAUGGUUGUAGUGGAGAGGGGGAGGAGUUGCUGUUCUAUAUUUGUACAAAAAAAAGAGUUUUUUUUGUAUUGUGAGGGGUGGUAGAAGGAGGUUUAAGGUCAGGGAAGGGGCACAGGUUAGAGUGAACACAGCCCGGUUGGAGGUGAGGGGACUGGUCAAGCUCCAACUCCAAACAUGGCUAGGUGGAGCUGAGUGGAAUUUUUUGAAGAAUAUUGUAGAAAGUGCUGAACAAAUAAAAUGUGAUUGAUUGAUCAAUGGAACCGGGUUUGGAGGUAGUGAGAGCAGUAAGACCGGUGAUGUGGAGGAUUUAAGGUCAGUAAAGGAUGUGUGUGUGUCUAUGCGUGCGUGUGCGUGUGCGUGUGCGCGUGUGCGUGUGCGUGUGCGUGUGUGUGGACCAAGUGAUCUUGGGUCACAAAAUACACGUACCAAACCCAGGGCUGGGAAACACCACUAGUGCUACACAAGAGCCUUCCCAUUAGUGUUCUAUUGACUGCCACUACCACACCGCUACCACAGCCACUACCACACCGCUACCACAGCCACUACCACACCGCUACCACAGCCACUACCACACCGCUACCACAGCCACUACCACACCGCUACCACAGCCACUACCACACCGCUACCACAGCCACUACCACACCGCUACCACAGCCACUACCACACCGCUACCACAGCCACUACCACACCGCUACCACAGCCACUACCACACCGCUACCACAGCCACUACCACACCGCUACCACAGCCACUACCACACCGCUACCACAGUGACACAAAUCCUGACCUGCUGAAUGAUGUGGCGCUUUUGUUUUUUGUUAAAACAAUUCUAACCCUACAACCCCUCCCCUAAUUGGAGUAAACUAAUGGACAACAACACUUAGGCUUCUACUUCCAGCUUAUACAUACUAUAUACAUUUUAUGGACACAAUGUAUUUUACAAUAGUUAUCUUUUGUUUUGUUUUUAAUCCGAUCCUUCAGCUAACAUCAACCCCUCCCAUCUAUCUCUGAAGAUUUCCAGUUUGAUUUCUAAUUUGCCAUAUAUUUUUUACUGUGCUGUUUCACAAAAGUUCUGAACCUAUAUACAUUUUACAGACACAGUAUAUUUUACAUUAGUUAUCUUGUUGUUUUUAAUCCCACCCUUCAGCUCCACUCAACCUCUCCUAUCUAUCUCUUAACACCAUCCAUUUGUUAUUUCUAUUCGCCAUAUAUUUGCUGUGAUGUUUCACAAAAGUUCUGUACCUUUCUAUUCUCAUAGUUUCUACAGAUUGUAAAUUAAAGAUACAUUUGUUUGCUAAAAGUAUUAUUAUGACUUGAUGUGGCGCUUUUAGCCCAGGGUAGAAACAGAAGAGAGAGAGAGAUUUUAGGUGGUGUUGGAGGAGGAACUGAUACCCUGCUCUCAGUCCAGAUUGGUCUGGUAAACUAGCAUUUCCUGUAUAAGUAAGGACACAGAAACCUCCCACGACUGGCGUGCUGUUUGAAUGUGUGCUGACCAAUGACCAAUGACUCACCAUCACUACAAAGAGGUCAGGGGACACGCACAUGCAAGACAAAGGGCAGAGCUUAGCUUUAAUGCCCAUGGACUACAUGAAUGAUAAACUAAUCUGGUCUGGUUUACAUGUGUUUAAAUAUCUAGAGUACACACCCUCUAUAUCUACCCUACGCUCUAAAAAUCAAACAUGCUUUAUUUGCAUGACCUUACAAGUUGAAACAAUGUUGCCAAAUACAGAAUAUAAUACUAAGCAGUAUUAAAAUGAUCUCUCUCUCUCGCUCUCUCUCUCUCUAUACCUCUCUCUCUCUCCUUACCUCACACUCUCCCUCUCCCUCCCUCCUUCUCUUGCUCCCUACCCCUCUCUCUCUCCCUCUCUUUCUCUCUCUCCCUACCUCUCUCUUUCUCCCGCUCUCUCUCUUUCCUCUCCCCAUCAGUCGAGGAUGAAGUGUUGUCCCUGUGACUCCAGGAACCCAUCCAGUCAGUUGGCUCACACCAUCCAGGAUGUUCUAUCCACUGCUGGACCCAACAGGUGGUGGCAGGCCAGGAAAGGUGAGGGGAUACAAAGCUAUAGAACACAUAUCUUAGUGCUGAGAUCCAUCCUAAAACUAUUUCCUGUUGUGAUCCAGAAAAUAAACAAAACCUAUGUUUCUCUAGACGUGAGUCCGGUCACCCUACAGUUGGACCUACAGAACCUGUUUCAGCUGGACUCCCUCGUUCUGACCUUCAAGGUAAGACCCAGCCCCCAGACCAGCAUGGACAGGGCUUGUCCAAUGUGCAAGGGCCAAUUUGUCUUUUUAAGUACAGUAGAAUCUGAUGGACAGUUUUUCCGGUUGCCUCUACACAGGGUCCUCGUCCCAGUGCGCUGGUGGUGGAGAGGACGCUGGAUAACGGUAAAACAUGGCAACCUGCUCUCUACAUGGCCUCAGACUGCAGCUCGGCCUUCCCUGGCAUUGCCAUGACUAUGCCACGUUCCCUGGACCAGACCUAUUGCUACACUCUGCCCCCCGCCACCACUAACCCCUACCAGGACCAGAUUGUAAGGGAGGGGGACACAAUGUUGGAAAAUUGAGAAAAUUCCCAUGAUAUUUUGUGUUAUUUUGUGUGUCUGUACCAUGAAUAAGUGGUUUGCUGUCCUCUUUUUGAUUUUGCUCAUUGUAUUACACAGAUUCAAUUCAGCCCCUUGCGUCAGUUCUCUACCAUCAGCAUCCCCAAUGGGAGGAAGAUUCAAGGUAAGAUGCUUACCCAUCCAUAAUGCUCCCCAACUGUUACUAUGGACAAUAUACCUACAUGUCCAAUAAGAGUACUUACAGUAUAUUACAAUCUUUACACACUACAUUUAAGCCAUUUAGCAGGUGCUCUCCUCCAAAAGCACUUACAACUUUCUUGAUUGACACCUUCCUGAUCCAAUGAGGUUCUUUGCCCAGUGAUUGACAGCUCUCUCUGUCCACAGAGGUGUCAGGAUUGACAGGCCUUAGGGUGAUGCUGACUAAGCUGGGUGCUGUGCCCCGCCUGCCGGGCCGCGCUCCCUCUCUGUUCUACGCCCUCAGAGAGAUGAGAGUGAUGGGCACCUGCCUCUGCCACGGCCAUGCCAACCGCUGUCUGCCGGAUACUAACCAGCUACCUAACACACAGGUACAUAUUGUUAAACACGCGGGGUUACAGUUACAGUACAAGUGAAUGGGUCUUUUGUGUGUUUAUAGCUCUGUGUAUGUGUUGCAGGUCAGUGCUCAGUGUGAAUGCCAGCACAACACAGCAGGUACAAACUGUGAGCGCUGUGCAGAUCUCUACAACGACCUGCCCUGGAGACCUGCAGAGGAGGGACAUACACAUACCUGCAAACGUACGCAACCACUAAUGUCUUAAUACGCUGACUACAUAUUUUUGGUACAAGUGUGGAGAAAUAGGAUGACUUUGCUAAAGUAUCGCACAACCAGCAACUAUAAGUAAUAACUCCAUGAAGACUGAACACCCUCAGUACAGGUGUGUGUGAGUUGACUGAACAUAUACAGUCAUAUAUGUGUGUGUUGAUUAUUUCCCGUGGUGCUGCCCCCUGUAGGUUGUGAGUGUAACAACCACGCCCAGCGGUGCCGUUUCGACCCAGCUGUGUAUGAGUCGAGCGGACGGAGGAGUGGGGGGGUGUGUGAGAGCUGUCUGCACCACACGACCGGGCCCAAGUGUGACCGCUGUGCCCCUGGAUACCAACCCAACCACCGGAGCAGCAUGGACCGGCCUGAUGCCUGCAUACGUGAGUGAUUGUAAAACCGUGGUUUAAUAUGUAUUAAUAAAAUACUACUGCCUUUAAUCCUCUUUCUCUCCUACUAUAGGUUUAAUCACCACCACCACAUUACGUCACAGUGUUACAAUAUGCUGUGUUUGAUUAUUGUUGUGUUUCUGUUUUGUUUCCUGUGUUUUGUACAGGCUGUCAUUGCAGUGCUGAGGGGGUGGAGAAUGGGGAUCAGUGUGAUGACGUCACAGGGUCCUGUCGCUGUAAGGCCAAUGUUGAUGGAUCGCGCUGUGACCGCUGCAAGAUGGGAUACUACGGUCUGACCGCCUCCAACCCUCUGGGCUGCAACAGUGAGUCACCUUUCACUCUUGACCCUGAACCGGCAAUUCAUAAACUCUCACUAUGAUUACUUACAACUGUAUUGACCAUACUGUGGUGUUGGCCAGUGUAUGUGUGUAGGUCUAUCCCCAUCUGACUCUGUGUCUGUCUCUCUCCAGAGUGCCCGUGCAGUAAAGAGGGCUCCGUGUCCAGUGUGUGUGACCCUGUGAGUGGUCAGUGUCCUUGCCGACCCCACCUCCAGGGGCUGACCUGUGACCAAUGUUCCCAUGGUUACUGGAAUCCAUCCUCCCCCCGUGGUUGUGAGCCCUGUCGCUGUGACCCCACCAACUCCCAUGGUGACACCUGUGACCAGAGUACGGGUCAGUGUCAGUGCAGGUCAGGGUUUGGAGGUCGUACCUGUACAGAAUGCCCUGACAACACCUACGGAGACCCACUCAUUGGCUGCAGAUGUAAGUGCCCUGUCGUGUUCUGUCACAGAAACGUUCAAAGGCUCUAUAAUAUGCUUUGUUCAAAGCUUUUGACAAUUCAAUCCAAUGGGCAGACUAAGUAACAAACAUUUUCUCUUCCCUCUCUCUCUCCAUCUCCUCCCUCUCUCCCUUUCUCUGUAGCGUGUCAGUGUGCUGCUGGUGGCACAGUGCCAGGAGGCUGUGAUAAGCGUACGGGGGCCUGCCAGUGCCAGCUGGGUGUCACAGGUGCCCGUUGCGAUGCCUGUACCCGUGGCCACUGUGACUCCUUCCCUGACUGUGAGGUCUGCCCCUCCUGCUUUUUCUCUCUGGACAUGAACAUCCAGAACCUUACCCUGGGCCUGGAGAGACUCUUCUCCAGGAUUCCCUCUCUUCCUGGGGGCUCGUUGCCUACCGGUCUGGGUCCCCGCAUCAGAACCCUGGAGGCCACUCUCACCCAGAUACGAGACUCUCUCCCAAUGCCACCUCCCUCUGCCAGACAAGUCAAUGACGCCCUCUCUCAGCUCCGCAGGCUAAGGUGGGGGAUGUUCAUAUGUCCCGGCAAACUUAGAAUGUCUAAAUAGAAGUGGGCAUCAGAUUCCAUAAACUGCGAAACUUUGCUUUCAAAAUUACAUAGUUUCAGUGUAUACAUUUAAACACCUCUAUUCCUGUAGGCUACAGUCCUUUAUUACCCAGCUCACUGUCUCUCAUCUCCAAUGUAAUCCUCCAGGGACCAGUUGGAUCAGGUGGAUGGAGAUCUGUCACCCCAAGGCCGAGCCCCUGAGCUUGGCUCACAGCUGGACGAACUCCAGGCUCUACUGGACGGCCUGGGUCUGGUGUACAACACCAAGAGAGAUGCUCUCAGGAACUCUGUCAACCCCAACUAUGCAGGUGAGAGAGACACAACAGAGCUAGGAGCACCAUCUGUGUGUCGAGUAGCAAAAACAAGGUUCAGAAUUUAGAGUGUGGAAUUUAGAAUCCACAAUCAAAAUCAGAACCAAAGCCUUGAUGCCAGUCUGUUUUGGUUUGAGCUAACUUAUGGCUGCUAUCACACCUGUUUGUCUUGGUUGGUUCUCUCUCAGGGGCCUUCUCUUCCAUAAAGAAUGCCUAUGACGAGUCAACUGACUCGGCCAAGAAUGUUGAUGCUAGUGGGAAGACUGUAGAGCGGUCAACAGCGGUCAGAGAAGACGCCCUUGACCUCCAGAACCAGGUCCAACCAGCCAACACCAUAGACCUGGAGAAACUCAACCAGCAGCUGAACACCAAACCUGACCUCACACCCACUGCCAAGCAGGUAACCCUAGCCCUUAACCCUAGCCCUAACCCUAACCCUAACCCUAGCCCUAACCCGAGCCCUAACCCUACCUCCACCUUAACAUGAAUGUGUAUUUGUAUUCCCUGUCUCUCAGGUGUGUGGAAGCGUGCGCUUUGCCCCCUGUACCCCUGCUCAGUGUGAUGGUGAGCUGUGCCCUGCGGAGGGGGCGCCACCCUGUGGCCGUGGGGAGCGUUGCGUCGGGGCUCUGCCUCUGGGGACCCGGGCUGUGAGUGAUGCUGAGGAGGUGAAAGACAGACUGAAGCAGCUCAAUGGGAAGAUCACACAGGCCGCUGCACGGGUAGGAGCUAACACUUUGUUUGUUUACUGUAUGUUUCUAACCGUUUAUUGCUGUGUUUUAAUACUUACAUGAAGGAGAUGACUAGUUAUUUAAGUGGUUAGUUUCGUCAUGUGGCGUUCAAUGCUUUGUUCCUUUCUCCAUUCAAUUCACAGAUCCAGGAAACACAGGACACAGCCAAUCAGGUCAGACAGUCCACGGACGAUCUGGCCAAUCAGAUGAGGCAGGCCAGGGAUGACCUGGAUGCAGAUCUGCAGGAGACAAGAGACUUUGUUAAAGAGCUGAAGGACUUCCUGUCAGGUGAGACAUUGACAGUUAUGUUCCAGUACCUUCAAUAACCACUUACUUUUUUACUCUUAAUAAAAGUAUUCAAGUAGUAGUAUAGAAUUUUUGGGAGUGUGUAGUUCAAUGACAUUCCCCUCCUCUCUUCCUCCCUCUCCCCCACCUAUCUUCCAUUCUCUCUCCUCCAUCUUCCCCUCUAUAUCCUCCCUCCCUCCCUCCCUCUCUCCAGACCCGUCAUCAGACCUGACACUCAUCAGUACGGUGAGUGAGUGGAUCCUGAACGCCAAGCUGCCUGUCAGUCUGGCUACUCUGAAGAGGAAGCUCAAGGAGAUCAGAGACCUGGCGGCAGGACUCCCAGACAGCACUGCAGUCCUGGACCAGGCUGGACCACAGCUCGACACCGCCCGACGCCUGCUACAGGAGGCCCAGGACGCCAGGUAUAACACCUUUUGUCAGUCUUAAGACAGGUUUAUGUAUUGUAGACAUUUAUGCUUAGCCACAGGAAGUAUGGGUGCUGAGGGUGCUGCAAAAAAUUGUGGUAUUUGGUAUUUUAUUAGGAUCCCCAUUAGCUGUUGCGAAAGCAGCAGCUACUCUUCCUGGGGUUCACACAAAACAUGAAACAUUACAUAAUACAGAACAUUAAUAGACAAGAACAGCUCAAGGACAGAGCUACAUCAAUUUAAAAAAGGCACACGUAGCCUACAUAUCAAUACAUACACACAAACUUGUGCACUGGGCUUUUACUAGUCCUGUAUUAGCGGACCGAUAUAGCCAUCUGUAGCGCGGUAAAAAAAAAAGCAGCACCCCCAAACAUCUUCCGCGGCUAUGCAUUUAAGUAAAGUAUGACUAGUAAAGUAUGACUAGUGCUAACUGUGCCACUAGAGAUCCUGGUUCGAAUCCAGGCUCUGUCGCAGCCGGCCGCGACCGGGACACUCAUGGGCGGCGCACAAUUGGCCCAGCGUCGUCCAGGGUAGGGGAGGGAAUGGCCGGCAGGGAUGUAGCUCAGUUGAUAGAGCAUGGCGUUUGCAACGCCAGGGUUGUGGGUUCGAUUCCCAUGGGGGGCCAGUAUAAAAUAAUAGAAUAAGUAUUCACUAACUGUAAGUCGCUCUGGAUAAGAGCGUCUGCUAAAUGACUUUUUUUUUUUUUAAAUGUAAAAAUGUUGUUGUAAUGAAUAACAUUGAUGCCAAUUAUGUGUGGUUUCUGAGGUCACUUUAACAUUGUUGUGACUGCUGUGAAUGUUGUAGUAAGGUUGCUGUAACAUUGCUAUAACGUUGUUGUGUGCUGUGUGACAGGGAUGCUGCGCUGGGUGUGAAGGCUGAUGUUGAUGGGCUGUUGGAGGGCUUCACCACCGUGGAGGGCUCCCUCUCUGGCCUGGAGGACAAAGUGCAGGACAGCCUGGACAUAGUUGAUGACAUCAGCAGCAACCUCACACAGGUGAGAGAGGGAGAUCCAUAGGUCCAUUGAGCUAAUGUACUCAAAUAAAUACAAUUACGCUUCCAAACUAGUCUGACACCUAUAUUGAUUCAAUUGCUUCCAUUUUCCAUAUCCCUCACAGCUUCUUACUGUAUUAUUCCUCUCAGUUUGAUCCCUCCUCUCUCCAUCCUCCUCUCUCCAUCCCCCCAAUAACAUCCCUAUUUCGACUCCCUCCAGACCAAGGCCCAGUUGUCUCCAGCGGUGAAGGCUCUAGGGGAGGUGUCUGCCCUGGCUGAGGGGAUGAAGCCUCAGCUGGAGGGGCUCUGGGCUCUGGUGCGCUCUGGAGAUAUGCUGGCCCAGAAUGCAACAGAAGACGCUGAUAAAGCUAAGAGGGAGGCAGACGCUGCGGCCAAGGUGAGAGUAGUUUGUGUGUGUGUAUGUGUGUAUGUGUGUUUGCUCGUGUAUGUCCGUCUCUGUAUGUAAGUGUGUGCUCAACUCAUGGCCUGUCUCUUUGCCUAUGUGUUUGUAGGAGCUGGCAUCCCUGGAGAAGCAGCUGGAGAAGCUGCGUGCUGCAGAGAGGUCCAGUGGGCGUGGCGAUGGGACAGGGAGAGCAGGGGAGCGUCUCCAGAAGCUGCAGGAGGAGGCUGGUUCUCUGGCCCAGGACACUGGAGACAUGAUAAAGGCACUAGCAGGUACGGAUGGGGAAUAGCGAGGAGACACGCACAUCUGCCAACAUACAUAUAAACAUACAGUACCAGUCAAAAGUUUGGACACACCUACUCAUUCAAGGGUUUUUCUUUAUUUUUACUAUUUUCUACAUUGUAGAAUAAUAGUGAAGACAUCAACACUAUGAAAUAACACAUAUGGAAUCAUGUAGUAACCAAAAAAGUGUUAAACAAAUCCAAAUAUAUUUUAUAUUUGAGAUUCUUCAAAUAGCUACCCUUUGCCUUGAUGACAGCUUUGCACACUCUUGGCAUUCUCUCAACCAGCUUCUCCUGGAAUGCUUUUCCAACAGUCUUGAAGGAGUUCCCACAUAUGCUGAGCACUUGUUGGCUGCUUUUCUUUCACUCUGCCAUCCGACUCAUCCCAAACCAUUUCAAUUGGGUUGAGGUCGGGGGAUUGUGGAGGCCAGGUCAUCUGAUGCAGCACUCCAUCACUCUCCUUCUUGGUAAAAUAGCCCUUACACAGCCUGGAGGUGUGUUAGGUCAUUGUCCUGUUGAUGGGAUGGCGUAUCUCUGCAGAAUGCUGUGGUAGCCAUGCUGGUUAAGUGUGCCUUGAAUUCUAAAUAAAUCACAGACAGUAUCACCAGCAAAGCACCCCCUCACCAUAACACCUCCUCCUCCGUGCUUUACGGUGGGAACUAUACAUGCGGAGAUCAUCCGUUCACCCACACCGCGUCUCACAAAGACACGGCGGUUGGAACCAAAAAUCUCAAAUUUGGACUCCAGACCAAGGGACACAUUUCCACUGGUCUAAUGUCCAUUGCUCGUGUUUCUUGGCCCAAGCAGGUCUCUUCUUCUCAUUGGUGUCCUUUAGUAUUGGUUUCUUUGCAGCAAUUCAACCAUGAAGGCCUGAUUCAUGCAGUCUCCUCUGAACAGUUGAUGUUGAGAUGUGUCUGUGACUUGAACUCUGUGAAGCAUUUAUUUGGGCUGCAAUUUCUGAGGCUGGUAACUCUAAUGAACUUAUCCUCUGCAGCAGAGGUAACUCUGGGUCUUCCAUUCCUGUGGCGGUCCACAUGAGAACCAGUUUCAUCAUAGCGCUUGAUGGUUUUUGCGACUGCACUUGAAGAAACUUUCAAAGUUCUUGAAAUGUUCAGGAUUGACUGACCUUCAUGUCUUAAAGUAAUGAUGGACUGUCGUUUCUCUUUGCUUAUUUGAGCUGUUCUUGCCAUAAUAUGGACUUGGUAUUUUACAAAAUAGGGCUAUCUUCUGUAUACCUUGUCAAAACACAACUGAUUGGCUCAAACGCAUUAAGAAGGAAAGAAAUUCCACAAAUUAACUUUUAAGAAGGCAAACCUGUUAAUUGAAAUGCAUUCCAGGUGACUACCUCAUGAAGCUGGCUGAGAGAAUGCCAAGAGUGUGCAAAGCUGUCAUCAAGGCAAAGGGUGGCUAUAUGAAGAAUCUCAAAUAUAAAAUAUACGUUGAUUUGUUUAACACUUUUUUGGUUACUACAUGAUUACAUAUGUGUUAUUUCAUAGUUUUUAUGUUUUCAAUAUUAUUCUACAAUGUAAAAAAUAGUAAAAAUAAAGAAAAACCCUUGAAUGAGUAGGUGUGUCCAAACUUUGACUGGUAGUGUAUAUAUAUAUAUAUAUAUAUAUAUAAUAUACGUGCGCAUCUGUGGCACAUUGAAAAAGACACUGAAUGCUGAUGUGAAAUCUGAAAUGAUGUGAUGAUGAGUAUCAAUGAAUCAAACAUUCCCCUCUCUACCCUAUCUCCCUCUGUCCCUUCUCCUGCUCUCCUCUCCCUCUCUCUCUGUCUAGGUAAAGCAGACUCUCUGCAUAGUCUACAGGGUGAGGUCCUACUAACGUCCCAGAGGCUGAACGGACUGGAAACCAAACUGCUGGACCUCCUGGCUGACAUGAGACAGAAGGUCACGAUCCUCUCCACCUGCCAGGGCUGAGGUCAAAGGGCAGAGGUCAUGCUCACAUAGUAUGUUCUUUGGGAUAAAGUGAUGUUACAUAUUUAUUUUGUUCCACUUUUGUCGAAUGAAUGUCCCAAUAAAG